CAGCGUUCCACACUAACGUUUUAGACUCUUUCGAAAAGUAUUUGACAAGUGGGUGAGCGAUACUCAGAGUUCCGUCUUCUACUGGUCAUAAUAAAACGGCUAUUUAGCUGCUACCUUCAAGUUGGAAUCACAAACAAGAGCAUCCUUCAACAGGUAGAUUGGUAUCAAGAUGGUGAUGAGAACUGUGGAUCUACGAUCAGACACCGUGACUAAACCCACCGAUGCAAUGCGUGAAGCAAUGUGUAGUGCAGAGGUGGACGAUGACAUCCUCGGCUACGACCCAACGGCUCGACGUCUCGAAGAGGAGAUGGCUAAGAUGUUUGGGAAAGAGGCGGCUCUGUUCGUGCCAUCUGGUACAAUGGGGAACCUUAUAUGCGUUAUGGUUCACUGUGACGUGAGAGGCAGCGAGGUGAUUCUUGGUGACACGUGUCACAUCCAUGUUUACGAGAAUGGAGGGAUAUCAACAAUAGGUGGAGUGCAUCCCAAGACAAUAAGGAAUGAAGAAGAUGGGACAAUGGAUUUGAUGGCUAUAGAAGCAGCCAUUAGAGAUCCUAAAGGAAGCACGUUUUAUCCAUCAACCAAGUUGAUUUGUUUGGAGAACACACAUGCCAACUCUGGUGGGAGAUGUUUGAGUGCGGAAUACACUGAUAGAGUUGGAGAGAUUGCUAAGAGACAUGGAUUGAAACUUCAUAUCGAUGGAGCUCGCAUUUUUAAUGCUUCCACUGCACUUGGAGUUCCAGUUCAUAGGCUAGUAAAGGCUGCUGACUCUGUUUCGGUGUGUCUCUCUAAAGGUCUUGGAGCUCCAAUAGGAUCUGUAAUCGUUGGUUCACAGAGUUUUAUUGAAAAGGCGAAAACCUUAAGGAAAACAUUAGGUGGAGGAAUGAGACAGAUAGGAGUUUUGUGUGCAGCAGCUUUGGUUGCACUCCAAGAGAAUCUCCCAAAGCUACACUCUGACCACAAGAAGACAAAACUGUUAGCUGAAGGGUUGAACAAAAUGAAAGGGAUUAGAGUGAACGUUGCAGCCAUGGAGACCAACAUGAUAUUCAUGGAUAUGGAGGAUGGAUCAAGACUUACCGCUGAGAAACUCCGCAAGAGUCUAACGGAGCAUGGCAUUCUUGUCAUCCCUGAAAACUCUUCACGAAUCAGAAUGGUUAUACACCACCAGAUAACAAUAAGUGAUGUGCAUUACACACUGUCUUGCCUGCAACAAGCAGUGCAGAUGAUUCAGGAACCAUGCCAAAACUAAAUUGGCGAAACCAAAAUGCUCUGUUUUAAAAUAUUGUUUGUUUAAGUUGUUUUUAAUUAAAGCUACAAGGACUGAUCUAUUUCAAUGAAAUUGUCACUUUCAUGUCGUCUAUUUUAUUAUUGUAUUUUUGGUUUAUAUAUUACUU